UACAAUUAGGCACCAAGGGGUUAAAGCAGAAAACCGGAAAUCGUCAAUCCGUUUCCCUUCCUCUUUUUUGGUGUUAGAUUUCAUUACAUUCCUGAAUGUAAUGUGAAAGAAGAGAAGUCAGACUUGUAUGCGUCGCAGCUCCGGAAAAAGACCAUGUCAGUGGAGUUCUUAUCUGUGAGACAAGCAGGUGAGAACAAUGCUGCUCUCCAAGACACCACAGUGGGUGGAGCUAAACCUCUCCAUCGCUUCAUCAAUGUCCAACCACAGCUUGUUGGGAUCGCUGUGCUUAUCAUGGGAGUAUCGUUCAUCAUUACUGCCAUUGUUGUGGAUAAAAACAGUCAUUAUCCUGAUACCUGGACAGCCAUCCAACCAGGAUAUGUGGUAGGAGCAAUGUUCAUCAUAUGUGGAAUUCUGUAUAUCAUAACGGAACAUAACCCAACCAAACAAACUGUGACUAUAUCUUUGGCUCUGAGCAUCGUGGCCAUAUUCGGAUCCAUUUGGACCGCCAUUAUUGUCAUUCCACACAUGGAGCACUUGAGUUUUGAAAGAAGCUACGACGUGUUUGAAGAGGAAAACAUGACUUACAAUGUAGAUGAUUCGAGACAUUCAAUGACGACAGCUGCCGCAAUCGAGCAGACGUUGGGCAUGGUCUUUAUGUUCUAUGUUUUUGUUGGUGUGAUUAUUUUUAUUGUGAUGUCAUCGCUGGCCACGGCGGCCCUGCGUUCCAGUCGGACAAAGGCCUUUGUAGUGAGGUCAACAACAUCCAAUGCAACACCUGCUGAACUACAAGACGAAUAGUGAAGUUGUUGGUACAAAAAUUAAUCACUCUUUGUGCAUAUGUAAACCAUUAUUCAUUCAGACAUGAAAAAACAGAUCCCAGUAUUAUAAUAAAUGUUUUUUUUCUUUAA